UCCGCAAUAGAUGUCUGGGCUAGGGAGACGAGAGGCCACUGCGAACUGAAAGGUAUCCGGACAAAAGACACCUCUUUGUUCUUUUGUUUGUCGCUUAGGAACGCUUUUAAUCUGACUUACUGCAUCAAUGAGUAGUAUUUUAAUGGUUCAGAGAACCAUGUUUAGGAAGUGAGCAACGGCGAUGGAAGGGAAAGGACCGUACCGCAUCUAUGAUCCAGGUGGGAGUGAGGUCAAGGCCAGGGACGAGGCCGGAGGGGGAAGCAGCUAUAGACAGCUACUGGCGGAGAACAGCAUACUGAGGGAGCGAAUGAAGGGACUUAAGAGCUUAGGUGAUUUACUGGAAGAGUCUCAAUCCGAGGCAUUGAGGCUGCGGCAGCGAGUGGAGGAACUCGUGAGAGACAACGAGGCACUCAAGUCCUCCAGCUUCGCAGCCAGUCUGUGUAUGGGAGGACCCAUUCAUAUUGAGAAACAAAGUAGGCCUCACAUUAUUGAUGGUAAACACUGUUUACACCCUGCUGCAGAGCAGAAGGAGGAGCAAACAAGCUGUUUAGGGAAGACUCUUCAGCCUGAGAAGCCCAAUGAGGCCUCGGAGUUUGAGGUUGUGAAUGUAGAUGGGAAGAGUUCAGACGCCUUCACUGCCCGGUCGGUGGCAAUCACCGUCCUGCCUCAGGAGAACCUCGAGCUAGCCAGCCAGCUGAAGAGACUAGAGAGCUCCUUCAGCAUUUUUGCAGAGGAGUCCAACCCGAACCAGCUGUUGGCUCACCUUGGUCGAAUGGCUGUAGAGUUUCACCACCUUUCCUCUAAGGUCCAAAAAAAUGAACAGCGGACUUCCCUCCUACAGACUCUCUGUGAGCAGCUCCGACAGGAGAACAAUGAGCUUAGAAAGAAAAUGGAAGAGGAUCAUCAUAUCAGGAAUCAGGACUUGGAACUCCUGAGGCAUGAGAAUCAAAAACUCAAGGAGCUUGUUACGGGAGCAGCAGCAGCAGCAGCAGCAGCAGCAACCGCGUCAUCUGACACCGAAGCUCCAGAGGCCAAAGAGGAGCCGACGAAGGAGGAAUCUGCUGCUGUCAGACCCAAGAUGGAGGCCACCACACCGCAGAAGAGUGGAAAAGCCGCAGAGAAAACCCCAACUAAACCAUGUGAUGUUGAGGUGUAUGAAAAGAAGAUCAAGCUUUUGGAGAAGCAAAGAAAGGAUGUACUGGAGGUGAACAAGCAGUGGGACAUUCAGUGGAACUCCAUGAAGUCACAGUUUGAACAGAAAAUCACAGACCUCAGACAACGGCUGGCUGAGUCCCAGAAAACUGUGCUUGAGCUGGAGGCAGAGCGAGAGCAGAGGCAGCGCGACUAUGACAAGAAGCUGCUGCUGGCUAAGUCCAAGAUUGAAAAUGUACAGGGAGAGAAGGAGUGCCUGAACUCUGAAACCACAGAGUUGAAGCAGAAGAUUCGCUACCUGCAGGAUCAGCUGCUGCCCCUCAGCAAACAGAGGGAGUACCAGGAGAAGGAGAUCCAACGCCUCAACAGGGCUUUAGAGGAGGCCUUAAACCUGCACACCCCUUCAUCAUCGCAACAACCACCUGGUCAGAGUAAUUUUGCCGAUGCAGCCAAUCACCUGAAGAAACAGGAACUGCUCACUCAAAUUGCUGUACUAAAGGAACAGGUGAAGAUCUUUGAAGAAGACUUCAGAAAAGAGAGGAGUGACAGAGAGCGAAUGAAUGAGGAAAAGGAGGACUUGAGGCGGCAGGUUGAGAGACUUCAGGGUCAGAUUACUAAUUUGACCAAUCAGCUUCACCAGGCACAGAAUGAGUGUCAGAGAGAACGUACGGAGCGAUGUAAGCUGGAGAGACUGCAGAUGCAGCAUCACAAACAGGGGCAGCAGCAGAAAAGACGUACCUCAGACCCCACGUCAGGCUCAGUGAACGGCCCGCUGAGCCCCCCCUACUGUGGUCCCUUUGUGCAGGUGGGACCGCAGGGCCCCGAGGGCUGGCCCAUACACUUCCCUCCCCGGAUGCCCAAUGCAGCAGGCGCCACAGCCGCAGCCGCCGCAGCGCCGCCCCCAGUACGAGACUUCCAGCCCGUUGCCGCGGGUUUUCCUUGGCAGUCGUCAUUCCCGCAGCCGAGAGGCACCAGAGCAGUAGGAGAGAGCUCGAGACCACCCCCAGAGAAUGCAGAUCAGACCGCAACAACAGCCGCAGCAACCGCUGCCGCAGCCGCAGCAGCUGCCGCGGCCGCAGCAGCGGGAUUUGGGAAAAGGGAGCGACAGAACAUUGACCCUGGAAAGCACUAAAGCAUCACCGCACCCACCAAAUGGAGUCUGGGUAGUAGCAUGAAAUCAGUAUGUUUUUGAGUUGACAAGGUGUGAUUUGAUCUAUAAUUUUCCUACUGAACUGUAGAUAUCCUAUUGUAAUGUUGUUUAUACUUGCGUUUUAUAAGGCUAUUUGUGAAACACUUCGUUAUUCUAAAUAUAUACAUUUAAAUAUUUAGUUGGGUUUACUUUCUUCUUAUUAGGAACUGAAGUCAUUUAUUAAAUAGGUUGGAAUAAUUUCCAUUGUUCAUUUUUUCCAGAAAAUAUACCUAUGUGCUUGCAUCUCUGCAAAUCGAUAACAACCCGACACCUGGCUUGUUACUUGUAGGGUUACAGGAAGCCAUUUCCCAAUAUGAAUUAGGCAACAUAUACUCAUUCCAACAAUGAAUGAUUAUUUAGGUACAUUGAGUCAUAGAAUUUACAAUGUGAAUGUUUGAUUGAUUUAUGAGGAUUUCUUCAGUACCAUUGAUAUUAGAGAGAUCCCAUGUGUAACUGUUCAAAAGUGGUUUUUGAAAUACAAAAAUUUGGGGGAAAUGCAUUUCGAUGCCAUCAUACCAAAACAUAAUUGUGAUUGAUAAUUUAUUUAUAACCUUGAUAGUUGCAUUGACUAAGUGUAAAUCAUUGUCUUUGAGUAAUGCUGUUCUUUCUAUGUUCGUGUAAUCCAAAUAUAUUGUAGCUAUUGACAUUGUAUGUUUGUAUCAGACACAAUACACAAUGCAGAGUACAUACACAGCCUUUUUUCCCCCAUGAUGAUGGACCUAAUCUCAUUAAACACAACACUUACUACGACUUGACCACAAUUGAUUUGACCACUAAUUCCGAGUCUCAUUCUCAUCUUACUGCAUCCUGUACCACAGUUUGGCCCCAACAUCCAAUACUUGGAUAUCUACAAGACCUUUGGGCAAUAGCGAUGGUGAGGUCGUUCCUUGGGUUGCAAUCCGUGCAUCUGGUACUGAAAACAUUGAAAUGUUCCUCAAGCAACGAUAGUCUACUCUGUUGCUUGAGGAAGAGUUUCACCAGUACUCUGGGGGAGGGGUGAGGGGGGGGGGGGACUGGAUCCUAUGUUAAAGCAAUACAGGUGCUCCUCGGGAGAAACCCUCUGCCCGGAUGUCUGACUCGGCUCUCGGUUCACUCCAACGACCGGUGAGCUGUGUUGUGACACAAAGUCAAGUGCCCCCGAUGACACAGGAUCCAUCCCUCAGCUGGACGCGUGUCACCAUUUCAAAAGGGAAGAUCCAAUCGGUGUUCACCCACUAAGAUAGUAAAGGGCUUUAAAAUGUGUGCUAAAGAAUUAGAAACCAUUGUAUCUAACAAGUUGACUUUCAGGGAACAGAGUCCUGACGGUUGAGAGCAGAAGUGAGAAAUUAGCCAAAUUGCACUUUGAAAGGUAUGCUGUAAUUACUGGCAGUUGUAUUUUCUUGGUUUAAAGCCCGUUUUCUUUUUUGCUAUAGGCAAAAGCACAUGUGAGACUUUUUGUAUUUGACUGGCUUAAUAAAUCUAUUCUAAAUGUC